AAACGCAUGAGCACCAAUUGGCGACCAGCCUUGCUACCCUUAGCACCUUACCUAGGUACCUAGUGAGCCGUGAAGAAAUGAUGCUGUGCUCAGGGGCCCUGGUCCUUGACGAUCAUCCUUCGGUCAAAAAACCGCCAAAAAGAGACAAACACAUCCUCCUCUUUGCUGAUUCUCUCGUCAGUUCGCUUUUUGUCUGACUGUGUCACUCGCGCCGAGCCACCUACGAUCCUUCCCACUCGUCGCUGGCUUCGCCUGCCCUCUUGGCCUUCUUUCUUGUUUGUUUCCGUCGCCUGCUUCUCUUAUACAAGAGGCCCCUUCGUUUCUCUUCCUAUCAUCAAGUCCACGAUCAACGUCAACGUACUCCAUCCUUCAUCCACAGCGUCUGCAUAGCCCCUUAAACCGCAUCGACUAAACGUCUCCGAUUCCAUCACAUAAAAUGAUGCUCGCCGGCUUCCUCCCCGUAUCCCUCCUCGCCGGUCUGGCCCUCGCCUCGCCAAUUCUCAGUGUCCGCAACAACAACGCGACAGCCAUCAUCGCUGCCGUCGCACCCAAGUCGGUAUCCUGCGACGGUGUGAAGGACUUCCCCGAGGAGUGUGCCACUGCAGGCCAUGCGGCCAAUUACCUCCCUCAGGCCCUCCAAAAGUAUGGUAUCUACCGCCCCGGCGAGAUCGCCGGCGUCCUGAGUCUCAUGGCCUUCGAGACUGGCGACUUCAGGUACAACCGUAACCACUUCCCUGCGCCCGGCCGCCCCGGUCAGGGCACGCGCAACCUGCAGAUGCCAAAGUACAAUCUGAUGUACGCCCUCGACAUUCCCGAGCUCAAGGACAAGGCCACCGAGAUCGCCGCCGGUGUCACCGACGGUGCGAGCCUGUCCGACGACAAGAAGAAUGCCAUCCUCGACCUCGUCCUCCCCGACGACUACACCUGGGGCUCGGCUGCUUGGUUCCUGUCGACCCAGUGUGACCAGGAUGUACGUGAUGGCCUCGCGGCCGGCACCGUAAAGGGCUUCACUCUCUACAUGGAAUGUAUCGGCACCUCGGGCACCGAGGACCGCGUUGAGUACUGGACGAGGGCCAAGGCUGCUUUCAACAUGGCAUAGAUGGGUACUAGGCUGGUCUCCGUGCCAUCCUACACAACU